AUGCUCUCCUCUUCUUCUUCCACCGCGCUGGCCGCUCUGGUGCUUGCACCUCUGGCACUUGCUGCUCCUGCUACCUCUCCCAACCCCGCUCUCCAUGAGAGAUCCCUCAACUCUGGCAAGGGUACCUGGUAUGGUAUGAGCUGUGGCGAGGAAGCCUGCUGGCAGCAAGGCGCUUGCGCUUUCACCGACUAUGUCCUUCCUUCGUCUAUCGCUGGCUCUACUUGCGUUUCUGAGGCCAUCUGGAACAACGGCGAGAACUGCGGUGGCUGUGUUUCCAUCACCUACAAGGGCGGCGCUAAGAAGAUUGCUAUGGUCACCAACAAGACUGGUGGUGACAAGAACCACUUGGACAUGUCGCCUGACAUGUUCUCCCAAAUCGCCAACAAGAACCUCGGCGAGAUCCCUAUCGAGUGGGAGUUCGUUACUUGCCCCAUUACCGAUGGUCUUCAGAUCAAGAUGCACGGAGGCUCGUCGCAAUACUGGUUUGCUGCCACUGUCAUGAACGCUCGUCUGCGUACCACCAAGCUUGAGGUCAGUGGUGACAGCGGCAAGACCUGGAAGGCGACCACAAGAAACGUCAACAACUUUUUCGAAGUCACUGGCGGCACAGGCACCAAGACUGCUUGGGUCAGAGCCACUUCCGAGAAGGGCGACACCGUUGUCGUCAAGGAUGUUGACAUGUCUUCUGGCAAGACCACCAAGAGCACCGUCAAUUACAAGGCUUAA